AGAGAUAAACAGCUGACACUCCACCCCCGAUCAGGAGCUUUACAAAACAUGGUUCCUCUGUAUUUUUAGCUUUAAUUAAUAUAAUUUUUAUAUUUCCCUCCAUAAAGCCAGGGUGGGACAAUGUUGUCUUUUAUCUGGUCGUUUAUACCCACUUCCUACUUCAUACCAGAGUGGUUGACUCCAGAAACAAACCCAGUGGAUAGUUUACUUCAAGGACUGGUGGGUGCAUGUGGGAUCUCUGUGCUAUGCUCUUUAAUGAGAGUGCACUUAUUUCUAGAGGAGAGCUGGAGUGACAAAAAUGAUAAAGAAUCGAAUCAAGAGAAACGUAAUUAUAGAGGAAAAAGUAAACCUGGGCUAGCAGGGAUGCUACACUUCUUCUUUGUGACUGGGAUACUGGCUGUGAUCGGCUCUCGUGUUUCAUCCUUGGUGGUGUUAGAAUUCUGUCUUCGAGGGAUCUCUGGAUGGGUUACAGCUGGACCAGAGUCGAGGAAAUUUCUCCAGCAGCUGUUGGUCCAAAGCCAGUUCUCUCUCGGCUGUGCACUGAGCUGCAGUUUGUACUUCCUCCACGAGGGGGCGUCCCAGCGCUGGCUAUGUCUGCUCCUGGCAGCAGCACUCAGCUGGUACCUGGCCAGACAGGCCACUCUGCUGCUGCACCAUGUCCUGGCUCUGUAUAAGCUCCACAGCUCACAGCGCUACUGCGGCAUCUGCAUCGGUCUCCUGACAUCAGGCCGCUGUCUGCUGCCCAUGCUGUGCAGAGCCAUGAUCAUUACCUUCACUGUGGCUGUGGUGGCUGCCAUAGCAACCAUUAAUAAACACUUCCUCUCUGCUACAGAGGCCCUGAGGUUUUGGACGCCGCUGACCAUCUGCUACACACUGCUGGUUGUGUACAUGCAGGAGGAGCAGCACCGUCUUCCCGGCAGCCAGGCUGUCCUGAACACAGUUAUGGUGCGGCUUGGUGGUUUGAUGGUCCUGAUGCUGACUGUGGGACGCUGGGCUGACGUGUUCCACAUCCUGAUGUGUUUCCUGGGAGAGGCUAGCUGUCUAAUCCCCACCAUGGAUCUGCUGGAUUCAGCAUCCUCACAGGAUGAAGAAGACUAUACAGACUAUGUAAAAAGGGAGAGACGGAGACCACGAGUGCAAGAGAAGCCCCAUCAGAGCUAGCUGAUAACUACUACUUUUAAAUGGCACUUACAGCAAAACUUUAAGUUUUAUGUUGGUCCAAAUGUCUGCUUCUAUUUUCAGAAUGUCACAUAUUUUUCAUUAAAAAAGUCCAAUAAGCA